AUGGAUGCAUCUACUCAUACUGCCGACCCCAACACUGCUGCUGGUGCUCCUUCUUUCAACACCAGCGCCUCUGCUGCUCCUGCUUCUGCUGCUGGUGCUCCUUCUCUCAACACCAACGCCACCGCUGCUACCGCUGCUGCCAAUAACGCGGAUGCUUCUGCUGCAGCUGCCUUCGCCCUGGAUGGCAAGCUACCGGACCUGUCAAUCGAUCCAGGGCCAUUAGACUGGGCGGAUGGGGACGGGAUAGACGUGUUUGCACUGGAAGAGGGCGAGGAGCAGGCGCUCGUGCUGGCAGGCACUGCUGGCGCUGCUGGGAAUGCUGGAGCUGUAGGGGUUGGUGGGGCUGCUGCGGGUGGUGGGUUUGCUGGUUUGGCAGCAACGGUGGAGGCACAGGGGAUGCAGCAGGCAGGAGGGUUUUCAGCUCCCACUUCAGCAGCACAAGGCACAGCAGGCCUUUUUACAGCACCAAUGACUGCUACCACCACUACUGUUUCUCCUUCCGCUCCCACUGCUCCUCCUGCUUUUGCUGCCCCUUCUGCCCACCCCACUGGCACCGGCUUUUCUUUCCCUACUGUCAGCCCCAAAGCCAGCCCAACAUCUGCCCCCACCCCCGCUGCCCCCACAGCCGCCCCUGCAGCUGCUUUCGCAGCUUCCCCUGGCCUUUCCCUCCUUGCCCCAUUCCCCUCCCCGUCCGCCCCUUGGGGAUCUGGCUGGGACCACGCCCCCUCUCCCGGCAAAUCCAAGCCGUUGAUCGAGGAGCUCCGGUUCCGUCCACGGCUGGGAUUCUCCGAGGAGAUCGGCGCGGGGCGAUUCAGAGAAGCACAUCAGGACGAAGGGGGGGAUGGAGAUGAGGACCUGGAAAGCCCCAGCUCCCCGUCCUGGUUCCCGGACUUGCGCCGAACCUGCAGCGACAACCCCCGAUCCGCAUUCCCAGCCUUGGGAGCCUCGUCCCCGGACCACCACGGAACCCGAGGGGAGCGUCUCUUCAUACCCCAGAAAAGCGGGCUGGGCGGGGGGAAAAGCGCCGCUGCGUCUCUCACCCUUCCCCCUCUCAUGUCCAAGAAACGAUCUAUCUCCAGUGUCGGCCCUACCAGCCCCCGCUCCCAGUCUCGCUCCCUCCGGCCGUCCCUCCGUCGCAGUGUAGCAGGGCCGUUACCAGACGCACCGGUUACCAUCAUUGAUGGUACCAUUCAGCUCGUGGGAGGGCUGAGCCUUAACUCCAGUAAAGCGGACGGGAGAAGUGGCGGCAGGGGGGAUGGGAAAGCGGAUUCCCCGCCUCCUCCCUCGCCCCUGCCGCCUCCCCGGCCGCCCCGGCCACAGGCCUUCCUAGGGGGAGGCAGCGAGAAAGGGGGAGGAGGAGGAGGAGGGGAGCAGCAGCAGGUGGCAGCAGCAGGAGGGGGAGCAGGAGGAGCAGGAGGGGCAGGAGCAGGGCUGUGGGGUAGCUUCAGUAGCAAGCAGAGCCGGGCUUUCCUGCAGGCGAACCAGCUGAACCUGUCCCCACGUUCAGGGGGACCUGGGGGAGGUGGGACCCUCUCGUUUGGACAGGACGGUGGGUUUGAGGGGGAGGUAGAUCUGGUGAAGGCUGGUGGCUGGGGGAAUGCAGGAGGGGAAGGGGGAACAGGUGGAGCGAUUGGGGCAGGAAUGGGCGGAGAAGAUGGGGCAUUGGGCGUAUCUGGGCAGGCUGUACCUGCGUGCCAGCCGUUCAGAAUGAACCUGGCGAAUUCAAGGUUCAACCGCAGCCGGAGCAUGCCCAUGGAGCGACCCCCUCCCAGGAGUGGUAACAGUGCGGUGGGGACUGGUGGGCAUGGCGUGGGCAGGAGUAGUGGCUUGGGUGGGGCCAGUGGUGCUGGUGGUGGGGCUGCUGCUGGUGGUGGUGGGUUUGGUGGCCAUGCAGGGGGGAUGGUGGCUAGCCGAUUUGCUUCCCAGGGCAAUGCUGGCCCGUCCGGCAGUGGUAGCAGUGUGGGUGGUGCUACUGCUGCUGCCCUGCGUGCUGGUACGGACGCAUCUAUGGGUGGGGUCACGGGAGGUGGCAUUGCAGCAGCAGGAGGAGGAGCAGCAGGAGCAGCAGGGGCGGCAGCGGGCACAGCAGGCAGUGGGUCAGGGGCAGGGGAGCUGCUCGAUUCCAAUGUGGCAGAUCUGGUGGCAGCAUGGCUGUCAGAAGAGAGUCCUAAUGGUGUGGACGGGGGUGGUGCAGCAGGAACACAGGAAGGGAGUGUGGGAGGGGCGCAGGGGAUGGCAGGGGUGGUGGGUGCGGGUGCGAUUGGGGGCGAGCUGGUGCAAGGGGGGGAGAAUUCGCGGCCGAGUUUGGCGCAGCUGCAGCAAGCGAUAGGGGAGCAGCUCAAGUCCGAGAGGUGGUCACUAGACAGAAGGCGUGGUUACCUCACUCAAGGAGCCAUGAGUGCCGCUGACAUCCUAAGUCGGGUUGAUGUUAUCAGACGGCGUUAUGAGCCGUACACGAAGGAGACUGUUACGAAAGAAGAUCCGACGGACAGCUUCAUGACUUUGUUUGCAGCGGUUACAGUAGAGGUGGAGGAGGUGAUCGAGAAAUCAAAUGCAGCUGUUAUUGAGAGGAAUCUGGCCAAGGUUGCGGUGCUGAAUGCCGAGAUCAGGCGAGCUAAAGACAUUUUGCAGAAGGAAAUUCAACGGCUUGAGAAGCUCGCGUAUCGGAAGGUUGAAGGAGUUUCGCCUGACGAGGCUGCGAAGAGGCCAGACAUGGUCAGAACGCUCAUGGAAAAGGUUCAGGCGAUUCCUGAUGGCAUUGCGAGAGGAGGUGGGAGGACCGUCGCAUCUACACGGGGCGUUUCAGACGUCCAGAUUGACGCUCUCGAAAUGGGCGACUCUGGACCAACAGGGGAUCACUUCAUCUCAACGGCUGAAUCCAGGGCGUUCAGAAGUGAAUAUACUCGCCGAGUCCAGAAGCAGGAUGUCGAGCUGGAGGACAUCUCUAGUGGUCUUGAGAAACUGAGGCAUCUUGCCCAAGACAUGAAUGAGGAAAUGGAUCGUCAAGAUCCAAUGUUGGAAGCAGUUGAGAACAAGGUCAACUCAACAACUCAAACGCUGCGGAACAAUAAUAAGAGAUUGAAGGAGAUUCUGACCGAGGUUCGGUCACCACGGAAGUUCUGCAUUGACCUUAUACUUAUCCUUGUGCUUCUUGGAAUUGGAGCAUACCUCUAUAG